UUUAGCAUGUCUAAAAUCUGAAAAUGCGAUGAACAUCAAAAUUCCACCGCUUGGAGGCGCUCUACACAGACAGCUGACAGCCGAGUCUGCCAAAACAGUAUUUUUAUCAGGGAACCAGCCUGCAGCCUUCAAACCCUUAAAUAAACCAUCAUGGCUGCCACAUCGGGGAGGCUGGGUGCCAGACUUUUCCUGUCGGUCAAGGCCUUCGCCCAGCGGCGCCCAGCCUUGGCCAACUCAAUCACCUACGGUUCCAUCCUGAGCGUGGCCGAAGUCAUGCAACAGACCAUCGCCGGGGAAGAGCGCUACGAUUGGGCCAAGGUGGGCCGCAUGGCAGUCAUCGGGGGCUGUGCCUUCGGCCCCAUCGGUUACUACUGGUACAGGUGGCUGGACAAAGUGCUGCCCGGCACGGCCAAGUUAACCGUGGUCAAGAAGGUCAUCUCAGAUCAGUUAGUCUCGGCGCCACUUUUCAUUGCAAUCUUUUAUGCAGGAUCAAGCGCUAUGGAGGGCAAAAAGGACGUCUUUGCUGAACUGAAGGAGAAAUUCCCCCAAACCUUCGCUGCAAGCUGUUGCUUCUGGCCAAUUGCACAGACGUUCAACUUCUUUUUCCUGCCUAACCACAUGCGGGUCGUGUAUGUCGCCUCAGUCAGCCUGGUCUGGUCCAACUUCCUCUGCUUCAUGAAGAGAAUUAGUAUGCACAAGGAGAAGGACAGCUUGGCUGUGGAGACAGCAGCACAGGGAUGAAGGAUCUCCUGUCUCAGGCUAAGAUUUUACAAGUGCCUUGUCAAGCUACAAGUAGGAAAUCACUGCCUUAAUUAGCAAAGUUAUAUUCAGUCCGUCACAAGCUAAAUCGCAAGCCGAUCACAAGUCAAGUCGCAAGUCAGUCAUAAGUCCAGUCACAAGGAACUGGGGAUGAACAAUAACAAAGGAAUGCUUUCGUCACAGUUCAUUUGAAUAGCUUGUGACUGGAGGACUUUUGAGGACUGGAAUGCAACUCUGUGAAUUUUUGAUUUUUCUUAAAAGGUAAGAAUUCGGGAAGAAGUAGCAGGGACUGUUUGGAGCAAAUGCUUUUGUGAUUUGGGG